AUGCCGAUAGAGCUUGUUUAUGAUGUUCUAUAUGAAAUAGCAUCUCACUUUAGAGAAAACAUUCCGAUGUUACGUUCUUUUCUUUUACUCAAUCGAGCUUGGUUUUGGACAAUCGUGCCAUGGCUAUGGAGUGAUCCUUGUGCUUAUAUUCUCGGCGGUCAACGCGUUGCAGAGAAAAGCAGAGCAUUUAUCCUGACUUUUGUUGGAUGUAUAGAAGAUAAGCAACAGCAGGAUUUGUCUUUCAAGUUACUACAUAACGAAGAUUCCUUCAACUCGACUGGUUCAUAUAUAAAUUAUGCUCGCUAUCUGGAGGAAUUAAUGGACGAUUACUUGAUGGCUGUGGUAUCAGAAGCGCUUGGUACUGAUACUUCUAUCGAUAAAGCACACUCAUUGACAGAAGCUCUUUUGCGUCAUUGUUCACUUACAGCCGUUAGAAUCAAGAAACUCACUAUAACCCGAUCUUAUGAAUUCGAAUUGUAUCAUUUGUUUAGAGCCAACCCUUCGCCAAUAACUGUCUUCACGCUUGAUCAUCGCUCUGCUGGAUAUCAUUGGUUGUUAUUACUGUAUGUGAAAGAAGCAUUGACAGAGGUUAUUAUCAUUAAAAGCGGACGAGAACUGGACUGUAUUUUGAACAUGUUGGAAAGUCGGGAGAAUCCAUUACUACAUUUAAUCUUGUUACAACAAAAAUUUGACAUUGUAGAAAAGGAUAUUGUAAAAAGUGUACCACAAAGAUUACCGUAUUUAAACGAAUUUACUAUCUUGCCCGAUCUUACUUCAGACAUUGAAACAUUAGAGAGCCUCCUCGGGGAUCGCAUGGACAUUGUAACUAAAACAGACUAUGGCAUUACAUUCGCCAGAAAAAUGUUGACUUCCGACGCGAAGAAAAGUAUCGAACAUGUUACAAUAGAUGAAGAGACAUUUCCAGACGUAAGUUUUGGGUUCCAACAGUUUUGGUAA